UAUAAUCUGGCCAUUUGAGAGACUGUGGGAACGUGCUUUCGUCCAAGAAGUGCAGGUUUCUGACAUACAUGCCAUCUAUUUAUCAGUCAAGCGGUCGUCCCCUCUGGGCGCUCGCAUCCCUACCUAUCCAGCCCAAUGGCUACCCCUUCGGACGAGCCGCAGCCUGCUCAAACCGCUCCAACCGCGCCACAGGUCAAUGGAAGCGUCGACCAUGAACUCGAUGUCGCUAGAUUACAUGCGCUCCCCUCGGAGCAACAAGACCUCUACCUCCUUAGCUUCGUCUCCGACCUCCAGCGAUAUGUGCAACAGUUGUCGACCGAGGCGCUACCUGUCCAGCAGGCCAACAUAAAAAAGGAGGUGAUCAAGAUUGCAGGCCUCAGCGCUCCUGUUCCUUCCCGGGUCAUCAGAAAUACAUUGGGCAGCAUUUUGGCCGAUGUGUUUGACCGUGGUAGUCGAAGUAUGCUGUACGAGACCAUCAACGACUUGCUUGGAAUUCUAAAUCAGGGAAAGUCGGACAAGGAGUUGGCGGCCAAACAUGCAGCAGUGGUCUGCCUCGGCGAGGUCUUCCGCUCUGCAGGCGACAGUGCCAUCAGUCUCUCCAGCAUUACUGUUUUGACCCUCCUCAAACUAUUGAAGACAUCCCACACUGGACUGCGAGGCCGGGUAUUUGUUGCAAUUAGCGGUCUCAUAAAAUGUGUCAAGACUAGUGUGGAUGAACAUGUGGCCAGAGAUAUCUGGAAGCAGGCUCGCAAUGCUGCCAGCAGCGACAAAUCAAACUUUGUGCAGAAAUGUGCAUGCCUCUGUCUCCGAGAUCUGGUCUGUGAGACUAGUUACUUCAACAAUUCGAGUGAUUUUGACUCUCUCAAAGUGGCCAUCUGGAAGGCGGCGGACAGUUCAGUGCCAUCCGUCAGACACGCGGCUGCGCAUGCCAUGGCAGAGGCGCUGCGUCAGACAUACUCGGACGCUAGCUCCGGAGACAUACCUCUGAUUCGAAAACCGAAGAAGUCCAAGAAAGCAGGAGCUGAUCUUGAAGAGGAGGCCGAGGCCGAAAGACCAGGGUCACCCAAUCCUAGCAUCCCCAAGACCAAUGUCCAACUCUCUAUGGGACUCAACGACAUUCUCCGUGUUCUCUCACACCAGUACUGCCGACCGGCAACUUCAAACAGGUCCCGGUCUUGCAUCUCUCUGGGUUACAAGUAUCUUCUUCGAUCGCUACCGAGAAAAGUCCUCGAGGAAAGCUAUGCCUCUAUCGCAGUCCAUAUGUACAAUGAUCUCCUCAACCACCCGACCAUCUACUUCAACCGAUACCGCAUGCUUCUCACGCGGAAACUCGUCCGGUACAUUCUCGCCGACGUCACGCCCCUCCUUACGGAAAACGCACAAAUCACCGCUGCGCGGUUUUUGAUCAACGACGUGCUGAAGAACUACCCACAGGUCAUUACAGAACGGAAAGAACCUUCUAAAAGAGUACUGACGGGCGCAUUAGCGACCCUCACCGAUCUCAUACAGGGAUUGGGACCCGCUGCCAGCAUUUUCCAGGACUCUUGUCGCGAGGCGUUGUUCCAAGUUGUGCAACAUCCAAGUCAUACUGUUCAAAGCCAUGUGGCUCAGUGUCUCAAAGUCUUUGUUCUUGGCUGUCCCAGUCAAUUGGUACGGAGCCUCGAGGUUGCGCUAUCUCAACUUCAAAAGGAAUUAAACCCAGGCGAGACAAAGCAACCUCAUCGCAAGGCUAUAGGGUACGCCCUGAUUAUUGGUGCAAUUACCAGCGCUGCUCGACAUAAGCCAUUGUAUGGCUCAACCCAGAUCUACUCCAACGUCUUCACUUUCGCCACAGACCUCUUGAAAUCAAGUGCUGCUGCCGAGCUGAGAAUCUCUGCGAUUCAGGUACAAGUGGCAUGGACUUUAAUUGGUGGAUUGAUGAACCUGGGGCCGAGUUUUGUCAAAGUUCAUCAAAAUCAGCUUAUGCUUUUAUGGCGAAAUGCUCUACCGCCACCUCUGACCCACGAGAAUGCAACUAAGAGAGGACAUCUGGAGCUAAGCUUUCUAUCCCAUGUUCGAGAGUGCGCUCUCAGCUCUCUCCUGAUGUUCCUCGCGUCCUGUAGCAGUUUGAUAACCACCGAUGGGUCCAAACGCAUUUCACUAAUGCUACACGCCACAAUUCAGUUUCUCGAUUCUCUGCCAGCGACUCGCGAGGCCGAUGAUUUAUCCCACCGCCUGGUUCCCGCGCUCCAGCUUCAAGAUUUUGCCAUCAUGCUUCGACGGCGAGUACUUCAGUCGUUCAUUGCUUUGGUGGGACUGAAACACCUUGAUCAAAGCGACAUUGUCUCACAAUCAGACUUGAUUGGACUUACUAUGCGCACCUUUACAGAUCCCGAACGGCCACUUCAAAAAAAUCUGGAAACAUCUCUUACGAACAUUGCGAGCAAUUUUGAAGGUCUCUGGUCAACUGGCGACAAUUGGAGUUUUGGAACUAGCAGCUUGGCUGAGACCUUUGACACUUACUUGCCACUGGAGAAUCGGCUUCAAGACGGCGAUGCCAAAUUGAAUGAACGCGAUGCAUCGCUUCCUGACAUUAUUUUACGUCUUCCAAGCUUACCCGCUAUUGAGCACGACCCACUAUUGUUACUCCGUCAGGACAAAGUCCUGAGCCAAGCAGAACUCGACCCACCGGCGACUUCAUGCAUCAACCUUGCCAUCAAGUUGUUCGCGCUCUCCUUGCCCUUACAGUCACCUCGCAUCCAGGAGAGCACUGUGGAGCAACUUGUUACAACAGUAUCUCAGCCGCUUCAGCGGGAGCCCGGAAGGAAAGCUGCAAUGCAAGUCAACUCUGCUUUAGCCUUACUGUGUGGCCUGUCAGUUGCCAAUCACGAAACCCAAUUCACAGCCGGGAAACUGAACGUCGGCGCGUUCGGUGGAGUCGUCGUCGAGCUGUUGCGGAAGUUCCUCUGCACAUCGGACCAUAUUCUUCGUAAGGUAGCCGCCCAAGCAGUUGGUCGCCUCUGCAACCUUGCAGGAACUCAGUUCACUAAUAAAGAAGUCAAAAUUCUCAUCGAGACAAUUGUGGCCAAUCGAGAUCCUAGUGCUCGGGCAGGGUGUGCUCUCGCUCUUGGUUACAUCCAUUCAGAGGUCGGCGCAAUGGCUGCAAGUCUCCACAUUAAAUCGAUCGUCGGUGUGCUGUUAUCUCUUUGCAGCGACAGCCACUCUACAGUGCAUUUCUGGGCCUUGAAGGCACUCGUCCAGGUUGCUGAGUCUGCCGGGCUCGCUUUCUCGACUUUCGCAACAAGCACCUUGGGACUUUUGGCUCAAUUAUACAGCAAUGACACUCAUAACGAGGAGUCAGCGUCUCAAGCAACUUCAAAUCUCGAAAUGGAGCUCUUUACCCCUUUUGCUCUAUCUCAAUGCGUCGACUCGAUCAUCAACGUCCUCGGACCCGACUUGCAGGAUGUCUCCAAGGCGCGUAAUCUGAUUCUUGUCAUCAUCACUUAUCUGCAGAAAGAGGGCGCAGUUGAGCUAAGGCAUGAAAGCUAUCAAUGUCUCCGUCAUCUGUGUCUCUACGCCCCAGCGCAUGUGCAAUUCUCCAAAUACGUGCAGGAUCUGCAAGCUAACCUGUCUUCGGACGAAGAGUUGAUGCAGUCCACGGCCAUCAAAGGCUUGGGGGAGCUAAUGAAGCGCAAUGCUUCCGAGGUUGCUCGAGUUGCCUCGUCCAAACUCAGCGACGACUUGUGGUCUCGACUCGAUGAUGAACCCAACCAUCAGGCGGUGCAAGGCAUACUCCAAAAUUGGAUGCAGCAGACAAUCCUUGUUGAGACUGCGGAGUGGAUUGAACGAUGCCAAACAAUACUCUCGAAGACGAGGGCAAAGGCGCCGGCACGAGCAGCAACAGUGACGGCAAAGUCUGCGAUGCCUGACCUCGCCGACGAGGAGGUGGCUGGCUUUGCUACUGCGGUGCAAGGCGAGACCGCAGAACUUGCACCUGAGAGUCAGGAGUAUCUUCGGUGGCAAACGCGUGAUUUUGCGAUGCAGCUCCUGGCUGAAUCGAUGCAGAUCAUUCAGGCGGCCAUUUCUUCCGACCAGGUCAUCCACGCAGAGGAAGUCCUUCAAAGCAAGGUCGCUGAUGUAAUUCGACUGGCGUUCUCAGCUUCAACUGCGAAUGUUGUUGAACUUCGAAUUUGGGGUCUGCGUAUCAUAGAUCAGAUUCUCAAGUUGUUCGGCAAGACGCCUGAUCCCGACUUCCUGGAAGCAUCACUCCUUGAACAGUAUCAAGCUCAGAUUAGUUCUGCUUUGACACCAGCAUUUGCUGCCGACUCUUCUCCGGAGCUUGCGGCAGAGGCAAUUGGUGUCUGUGCCACUUUUGUUGCCACUGGGAUCGUCACGAAUGCUGAUCGGAUGGGCCGCAUUUUCAAAGUCCUUGCAAUUGGCGUUGAUAAUUUGAAUCAACCCGAACCUGAAGCAUCCAUUGGCGAUUUGAAAGGAUUGAGUCCAAAUGCCCAGGCUAUGUUAAAAAUGGGCAUCUUAUCUGGUUGGGCCCACCUUCAACUUGCAAGUACUGAGCAGCCAUACUUGGACGAAAUAUUGCAACCAUACAUACCGAAGCUCGCGCCAUUAUGGCUCACAUCCCUUCAGGAAUUUGCCGGGCUCAGAUUUGAGCCAGAAAUCUCCGAUACUCUAGGAGGGGAGGUGGCUGGGGGCAAUCUUGACGAACGCUAUGCAUCAUUCAACAGAGAGGUGCGGCUCAAGUUCUACCAGCGGAAUUGGUUGAGUAUUGUGGAUGCAAUUGCUGUCCUUGUCGAAAGGGACAGCGGUUCGGUGUUUGACGCUUUGGACAAUAAACGUGUCGCCACUGCCGAACAAACGAGUGGGGAGAAUGCAAGUCCAGGAAGAGAUAUGAGCUUCCGAGAAGAACCCGUGGCAUUUUUCUUCAUCCUGUUCGGUCUCGCCUUUGAGGCUUUGGUGACCCAAGCCCGGGAAGAUCCAUCUCAAGCGCUGGCGAUUCUGCAAGCGCUUCGCAAAAUCCUAACUCCUGCGGUCAGUGGCAAUGCGAUCUAUGAGGAUGCCGUCUUCAACGAGACAACCGAUACGCUUGAUCGACUUGCUCUAACCAGCACACGGGAAACCCAGAGUGUACUGGUGGAAAUUGCUCGAAAUCUUUCACUCGACCAUCUAACGGCCAAGAGUCAAGAUCGUGAUGACAAACUGUCGGACGACAUCGAACAAUUGUUUGAGCUUACCCGUAUCAUUAUUCUGGUUUUGACCGGACUGAUUCCUACAUUGGAGGAUCCACCAGGAUCCGCGGUCCGUCGCUUGGGAGACGAUGGCCUAGCCCUUGUAGAGCUCUCGUUUCAGGCUAUUGUUGAGGUUGCCGAAGUCUUCCCUGCAAUAAUUCGAGCAGAUUUGCAUGCCUGUAUUAUUCACAUCUACUGUACCAUGCUGGCAACAGGUAUAUGUCAGGAAGAAGUUCUUCCUCGCAUCAUGCCUAUCUUCAAAAAGUUUCUGGAAGAUGUCCGUCGGCCAGACUCAAGCGGCAUCGUUUCACGCCUGAUCCGAGGAUGUCUACAUCGAAUGUUGAUGACGCUGACGUUCGCACAACGGCGCGAGAAUGAAUACUCAAUCACCUGUGCAAAGAAUACUCUAUUGUCGAUGACAAUCCUACUCACGACAGCCAGUUCAUUCAUCCCUCCCAACGAUACCCUGGUCGCCAGGGCCGUGGCAGAGCUACUGGAUUGUAUCCAGGACGUUGGCCUUGCCAAAAUCGCGGCAGGAUGUAUCCGAAAGCUACUGGCGUCCCAGCUAAAGAGCCCCAGCGAAGAGCUGAUUGCGCGGACUCUAUGGCAAAGGUUGAUCCCCUUCAUCAACGAUCCUGAGGCAGAAGACCCAGAGAGCAUUAAAGCCUCGGUCGCACAGUCUCUCGUUGCCUCUGUAGCAACAUUGAAAGGAUCAGGCAAAUUCGCCGCCAUGUCCAUCUUGGUGCCUACAAUCCUCUCACGGGCAUCAGACGUACCCGCAGGUGCAAAUGUGGAUGAGGUCCGCAAAGAAGGAGCUGCAAGACUCCUGGAAUUGAUCGCUGCAGAUCAAUUGGCGUUCAAAGUCACGGUGGGCCUGCUCGAUGAGGAACAACGCUCUGAGCUGGAGACAUUAUUGAGAGCUGCUGGUAUUGGGCAACGACAGAAGGUGGACUCGCAGGAAGAUUCAGAAGCCCGACCAGCUAUACAGCUUAGAAUGGACUUCGACUGAGCAAGCAUGUAAAAUUCAGAUAUAUAUAUAGACAUAGAAUCAAAAU